GACGCUAAUAAUCUUAGAGAUGCUCUUAAGUACUCAGUUCAGAUGCUUUCCGAGCUCCGGACGUCGAAGCUGUCGCCUCACAAGUACUACGAGCUCUAUAUGCGAGCGUUUGAUGAGAUGAGGAAGCUGGAGAUGUUCUUCAAGGACGAGAGCAGGCAUGGAAUUUCGGUCGUCGAUUUGUAUGAGCUUGUACACCACGCAGGCAACAUAUUGCCUAGACUGUAAGUUCUUACUUACCAGUGCCUGUGUUGGGGUAAUUCAACUGUUGAAGCUCGUCUUAGAAUAAAUUUGAAUUUCGCGAGCGCUAGUAUAGUGGAUUGUGAAGCUGAAACGUGGUAUUCGUUACCAGGUAUCUACUCUGUACGGUUGGAUCAGUGUAUAUGAAAACAAAGGAAGCUCUGCCCAAAGACGUGCUUAAGGAUCUUGUGGAAAUGUGUAAAGGCGUUCAGCAUCCAGUUCGUGGAUUGUUUCUUAGAAGUUACCUCGUUCAAGUCAGUAGGGACAAGUUGCC